GUCAGAAAAGAAGAAGAAAGAGACCAACGCCAUGCCAAUUGUCAGCUUUCAAGUGUCUCUCUCUACGCUUAAUCUCAUCGAUGGGGGCCGGCCUCCGCCGGCGGUGCAUUUUCAUAAAUCAUAGAAGAGAAAAAAAAAGACAUUUUUUUUUUUCAAAAAUUGGUUUUUUGUUUCUCUGGUUCUUCGAACUAAGAGGAAAUGGAUGAAUUUCAGAGGAAUGGGGGAGAGGUUCCUAUGAAUCUCUCUGAUACUACUCGCUCAAGUGAGAAACUUGCAGAAGAUUUUCGAUUCAGCAUAAAAAAUGAUAAGGAAAAAGAGCUCAAUGUUCAAGUUAUUCUCCGGUGCAGACCUUCGAGUGAAGAAGAAGAGGCAAAUUUCAGCAUGCCGGCUGUUAUAACCUGCAAUGAGUUGAGAGGAGAAGUCUUGGCAAUCCAGAAUAUUGGGAACAAGCAGAUUGAGAGAAGUUUUGCGUUUGACAAG